AGACAUACAAAUUUUACUUGAAAAAUUCAUAUUUUUCUACUUGUUAUCAUUAUCUAUAUUUUCUUCAACUUGACAGAUCCCCCAAUUUUAGGUUACACAGACAUAUCGGAAAAACAUGACGUAUUCUUUAGGGUGCGUUCAAAAUUUUACUCAAGAAUGCACAAAUGAAUUAACCAAUCAGAUCACUUUGUCAGGGAGCGUACUAGUACACGCAGCCGCUCUCUUGUUUCUCUCUGGUGAAAUGUUUUUGUGUUGUAUGUGGAUAUGUUUGAUAAAACGUGCGAGAAGAUACGAAAUAAAUGUCAGUGUUUCGCAGAAUAUCGACCACUAUGGUCUUGGCACCGUAAGGUUCAUAAAAAUCCAUAUUUUGUGCCAGACCAAGUUCCUAAUACUAGAAAAGCUGUCCCUUUAAACUAUAUUAUCUCAAAAAAUCCGGAUAUCUGCGACAAGAUAAAAGAAGACAUUCCAAAUAUUGAAUGGUCAAGCAUACGAGAAGGAUUUCUUCAAAUUCAACAAAUUACUUCAACCAUCGUAGAUACCACAAUUAUGGACGUGUGUCUCGUAAAUCUUCAAGUGGAGAAGGCUAUUACAUAUUUUAAAUUUCUGAGAGAAAAUAAUUAUCCUUUGAAUGUGGCAGUGAUCGGAAAGUUUCUGAGAUUAUACGUUUUAAAACGCGACUUCUUGACCGAUAGAGAUAAAAUAGAAAUUGUAGAAACAUAUGAGGCUUUAAGAAAGCAGCAUCCAUAUUUGGAUUCUGUUACAGCUGAACAUUGUAUAGCGAGUUUGUGCUUAACAGAUCAGUGGGAAAAAGCACAAGAACUAAUAGAAAUGAUAAAAGUUACUACCGAUCCAGGUCAAGCUGUGUAUUCUGUAUUAGCUGGCGCCGCAUUUAGAAAUAAAAAACCCGAUAUUGCAUGGAAAGCAUUAUUAGAAAUAACAUUACGUAGAUUAAUUCCACAAGAUGUAGUAUAUAAGUCGCAUCUGCAACAUUGCAAAUCAGAAGGAACAGAGAUUUUUAACGAGAGAAUGGAGGAGAUGUUUAAAUUUUGGGCUGAACACAGCAUGCUGCCAUAUAAUAGAAUUAUGAAUGAAUAUAUUAAUGCAGCUACCGAAUGUGGCUGGUCUGUAGAACCCACAAAUAUUUCCGCUACAGGGAAAUGUAGUCAUUGUGGUCAUUCCUUGUUGAAGAUAACAUUCAGCGAUAAGAAUUUUCAGGAUUUAGUUGAGUCUGUGAUGAACAGGGUGAUUAUAGGAUCGGAUAUUUUCCACAAAACUAAUCCAUAUGAAUUAGAAAGAUUUAAAAAAUUUAUUCAUACUACUAAACCUUAUGACAUAGUAAUUGAUGGACUAAAUGUGACUUAUAUUCAAAAGAACAGUCCUGCCCCGCCUGGGUUAAAAGGGUUGAUUAAAGUGGUUGAAUACUUUAGCAAACGUGGAAAAAAGAUACUUGUGUUAACACGUAAACAUCAGAGAAAGCAGCCUACUUUUAAGUAUAUAGAACAGCAUGCACGUGUUUUGACAGACAAUUUGUCUGCUGAUGAUCCUUAUUUAAUUUACGCAACCAUGGCAAGUGAAAAUGCAAUGUUUGUGUCUGUGGAUUUAAUGCGGCAACAUAAGCACUCCUUGAAAGAUCUGAACUUGCAAAAAGAAUUCAAGAAAUGGCAAUGCUCACAUCAGUAUUUUAUUAGGAAGGAAAAUGGGAAUUUACACAUCCAGGAACCUUCUGUUUAUGUACCAACUGCCCAGAAAAAUGGCGACUGCUGGCACGUGCCUUAUGUCAGCGAUAAUUCUACUAACGCAGAUUCGUUUGAAUUCCCAGACAAAUGGUACUGCUUCAAGUACGACAAAAAUAAAUAAAUGAACGUGAUAUUAGAUAUAUUAUCGAUGCUUAUAUAAAGGUAAAUCUUUUCUUUGCUGGAUUAUCAUCCUCGAAUAUGUAUACACAGUACCAUGUUAAUUUUCACUAUAGUGAGAAUAUUCUUGUUUUAUUACAAAGGCAUAUUAGUAAUCCUAUUUAAAUUUAUCCAAAUCCUCGAGAUCUACAGCAACUGAUUUACUGAAUAUUUCUUUUAUCAACGUCCAUCAGAUAUCUUUAGAACAAUAUCAAUAAUACAUUUAUGUACAGGAUGUUUCUAAAUAAAAAGCGAAAAAUUUCAUGAGA